UCAUUGUGGCAACAUAAUAUUUUGUGUCACAGUUUUGGAUAAAAAUAUAACAUAGGGGCAGACAUUCUGAUACAAUUCUUCUCAGAGUUCAGAUUAUGGUGUAACUCAUAUUUUUGUCCGGGUUAGCUUAGCGCCAGCAGUUUUUUUUUUUUUUAAUUCUUAUAAUUUAUCUUUAGCUUCAUAUUUAACUAGCAGUUAGAGUCAUAUGUAUUAAUUUUGCAGUCGGUAUUGAGAUAAUUUAGAUGCACUGGAGGGCGGUAUGUUUCUACGUUCCUGAGGUGUGACUACACAAAGAAGAAGAAGAAGACGCAGCGCGAGAGUAGUACUGCCAAAUUUGGGGACAAGCCGGGUGUUGUUAGCUGGCUUUGCUAGUUAGACAAGUGGGUGUGGGGUUUAGUUAUUAGCUUAUUAUAAGAAGAAGUGGAAGUUGGGCAGUCUACAAUUCCUCAGGAUAGGAGAAGAUGUCAGUGGAAUGCUCCCUGCCACCUCCACCGCCUCCACCUGCUCCACGUACACCACCUCAAACGUCAGCACCAAAGAAGAAGCUGUAUCAGACUAUAGCCAGCAGUAGGAGUGCUGUAGAGGGAGAUCACACAGAGGCUUGCUUGCUGAUCAGUCAGAGGGAGACCAGUUUCAGGAAGGACCUUCAGUGGAUUCUGGUGAACACUUACGUGCCUUCACUCAUUCAAGAUGGUCCACAGUGUGGUCUGGUGGCUUUGUGGAUGGCUGCUCACCUACGGCAGCCACAGCUGAGUGUUGACAUGGAGACGGUGGUUCAGACAGCUCUGAGCAGGGGAUACACGGCUCAGGGUGAAAUGUUCUCGGCUGACAAUAUGGCCCUGCUGGCAGAAGAGGUGUGUGGCUGCAAGGCCGAGCUCCUUUCGGGGGGUCUGAGUGGUAAUAAUGCUGCAGCCAUCAUCUCACACCUGUGGGGGAGACAGCCUGUUCUCAUCCCCUAUGACGAGGAUUACAACCAUGAGCCGUGCCAGCGUAGUGGCCACAGGGCGCACUGGGCAGUCGCUUCAGGCGUUCUCCUCGGAGUGGACCAGGGGAGUGUCAGUAAAGAGCACGCCCAGCCUGAUCCCUCUCUGCCGUGGCUCUACCUCGCUGCCGACAGCUGCUCAUCUUGUCCCGCCAGCAGCACGGCAAUCAAAGAUGCUUACAUCCUGGCUAAGCAAGGUAAAAGCCUGCGCUACCAGCUGUGGAGUUUGGACACUGUAGCUCAGAGCAAUGAGCAGCUGAGGAUGAUGGACCCUCAGAGAGCCAGUGAUGGCACCAAGUAUGUGGUUCCCAAAGGAGGGUUGGAGGCCGGUCUGGCUGGAAAGGCGGUGCUGCUCCACACAAGGUCCACACAGUGAAGCAGACACACAAUAUUUAUUUAAUUAAAAGGGCUUUAAAGUAAGGGUUAUCAGGGAGAAGCCGCGCCCACAUGUUCAGCCAUGCUCUGGUCACUGUUUUUGUAAAAUGUGUAGUCGUUUUAUAAUUUUCCACUGACAAGGAUUGUGUCAGUUUGACUGUAAAAAAUUUGUUUUUUAUAAUAAUCACAAUUUAUUUGGAGAGGAACAGUGUUCAUGUCAUUUUCGCCUGUUACACCACCAAACAGUUAAGAACACAGACCGUGUAAUUUCUCUGGAGGAAUUUGUUUGGAACAUUUAUUUUUUCAAACCAAGCUCAGUCUUUCCAAUUUUUCAAUCAGAUCACUGCGUUUGGAAAAAACGCAUCCUCAUAGCACAGUACCGAAUACGCAAUGAUAAACUUAAUAGUAACGUAAUACUAUUUUACGUCAGAUGCACACCUCCAGGUCAAUCGGCUCUCUGAAAAGAUUCCUCUACCUCCUCAGAUCCCAAUUCUGCCAACAAGAGCUCAAACUGCCCCACUGACAUCCUGAAAUAUGCACGAAACAGUCGUGACACAACUUUUAACUCUUGGAUCAAACCAUCAAAUUCUCCCUGCUGCUUCCUUCUCGUGACAAUCGGAUGAACCCAGAAUCUCAGUUUGAAUCUCAGCUCCUCUCAGUUUGACAUCUACUUCAUUUUGCUCACAGUCUGUUUUUUGAGGAUGGAUUUUUCACAAAAACACAACAAGUUUGGGAUGUAUAUAAAUUACUUAGCAAGUUUGGAUCAAGAAAUUUCUGAAUUUUGUGUCGCUUUUUUGCAGCAUGCUUGGUGUUAAAUGACCUUAAGGACCUUAAGUCCUUUGUCCAGAUAAGUUUUUUUUUUUUUUUUAUGGUUGCAACAAACCAGAAUGGUCAAAAAACUUAAAAAGCAGUCCAAUAAUGUUUGUGAGUCACUGCCAGGCACUCGUGACACCCGGCUACAGGAGCACAGGGUGUGAGGAGAACGCACAAUAAGCUUAUUUAGAAAUCUAAAAUGACAUAAACGGUAAAUAGAAAGCAUAUUUUUUUAUUUACAUUUGUGAGUGUGUGAAGGUGCAGGGAAGGUUUUCGUGUGUUUGCUAUCAUGUCUCAUGCUGUCGCUUAUUAUCACACUUACUUGCACAGUAAAGACGGCUUUAAAAACAUUUUGACAGAAAAAAAAUUGAAGGAGCAGGAUGGGCAUGUCGGGGGAAAUUCCUCCUGACAGUGAUAACAGUGAGCGAGGUGAAAAAACCCCCACUUUGAGCAGGAGUGGAGAAAUAAAGUUUCAAAUGUUGCUUUUCUGGCUGCUGUUGAGCUUGUUUAAACACUGCUAAAUCAAACAGGUUUACUUUUCUGUUACAGAUGUGUUGAUAGUCUGUCAUUCAAAUGAAUGCUUUUGUAGAGCAGAAAGCAUAGAAAAUAUGUCAGGAGAUAAAAGCCUGUGUUGGUUGUUGCUGUAUUUUUGCAGGCGCUGAAAACACACUUCUAGUUGUGCAGGUCCUCAAUCAUCCACAUCACGGUAGUUUUAAGCGCUUCAAUCAAAGGCAGUUCAAAGAAUUUACAUCCUCGCUCAUGUGGCAGUGACUCGUCAUUAUAGGGCGAGUUAAAGACUGCCUCCAAGGUAAAAACCACACUGAAGAGAUACUGAAUACCUGAGACUCCUCAUCAGCCUUUAGAGCUGAAAAAGCCUUUCAGAUGGGAGGUGAAACCUCUAUAAGAGCCAUAAAUGUUCAGUUUCUUUCAACUCAAAUGCUCCAGACACUACAGGACACAUGCUGGUUUUGACCCGUAACUCACACUGGCCAUUAACGAGUGACAAGAUCAGAAGACUUGUUGAUUUUCCAAUGCUGUCAGAAUUUUGUGUAAUUGUUGGGUGAAAUCAUGGUUUUCUCUCUGAUUUUGAACCAUUGUUGCACAAAAAAAAGAAAGACGCGCAAGUCAUUUUGAUCAUGUGCUCUUAAAAUGUGCGAGUAGACAAAUGAAUGUGAACAGCCCAUCAGUUUCCAUGGGCUCAAAAAUAAUCAGAUAAACUAAGAUAAUUAUAAAAUCUGCUCCGAUGAACCUCAUUUGCAGUCGGUGACUGCCUGAAGCCUGGCUGGAUAUUAUGAAAUGCUUUAUUUCCUCCCUACAGGCCCGUUACCAAGUAAAAAUCUGGCUUAGUUAAAUAAUUGUGACUAACCCAUUUAUAGGCUUACAGUUUGUCCCCCUUAAGAAGCUUGUAGGUUGUUUAUGAAGCACCAGUUUUGCAGUGUUUGGCUGAAUUUGAGCAGAAGCCAUGCACAGUUCACAAAUGUCCUGCUGCUUCUAUCAGCAGUCACACCAUCAAACACUCUUGAUCCAGUUCCACUGGAAGCCAAACAUGCCCAUACUAUAACAGUGCCUCCAGCAUGUUUGGCAGAUGAUGCAAAUCACAAGCCAUUCCUCAGUUCUGAGGCACAGUAUCACCUCUAAAUGAGGAAUUUCUACAGCCAAAAUUCGGAAUGAUAAACUAGCACUUUGAUUCCUAAAUUACUUGUAACAUUUAAAAAAAAAGAAGCUUCUGUCACAUCUACAUAAUUUCCUUAGGGAUUAUUAAAGUAUUCUGAUCUUCAUUAAGGUGGUUUCCUUGUCUCUGCACUUUUGCACUGCUAAUUAUCUUAUCAAACAAAAAUAAACUGUCAUCUAGUUUUUACACAAAGUUUCCUCCAUCGCAGUUUUCAGGGACAGCUCAACACAAAAUGAUUCAUCUGGUUUUAUUUAGAAACUUGUGAUAAAAGGUCACAGCUGACUGAACAGGACAUAUUCUUACAGUAGUGUUAAAUUUAUAAUUAAAUGUUAGAUCAUCUUGAUUCCGCGCUCUUUUACAAAUGUAUAUGAUUUGUUGUGUGUGCGUUUGCAUGAAGACAACUGAAAAGAAAUUACAAUAAAAAUCCCCCAAAACUCUGAAAACUCUCCACUUUCAUUUUAUUGUAAUCCACGACCUUCUGGACAAAGCAGAGAUUUAUAAACAGUUUCAACAAGUCCGUCUGUGCUUUCUGUGAAAAGCGCUGCCUUUAAAGUACAAAAUGUGGUCACGAAUCCAGUUUUCUUGCUUACAAAGCAGCACCCUCUUUGAAAACCUGAUAGUUUGACAUUUUACAAAUAUAGAGACUUUCUGGGCAAAGGUUUUUAACACUUUGUAAACAUUAUACUAUCUGUCUCUCCUGGCAUGUUUACCCUUCGGAGAUGAAAAAUCUAAACUCCUGAAUUUGAAUUCCAAUCUUGUUAAGUCACGCGUUCACAGCACUCAUGUGUGAAAUGUGCGUGCCGAGUUAACCACACCCCCACCCACCCAAACAGUGCUGCCUGACACUGUCAAAGGAAGACUGGACACUUGACGUUCACCAACGCGUCACAUUCCCAUCGGGAUCUGAUGCACAUGCUCACAAGCACGGCUUGCACGUAUAACAGUGUCGCUUCUUUGUAAACUUUCAAUGUUGCAUACAAAAAUGUUAAAACCCACAUUCCUCCUGUCUAUCCUAGCUUAAUUAUGUUUACAACGGUGUCCUUUAACUUAGUUCUGUUUUACUCAGACACCAGUCAUCACUCGUACACAGA